CUAGAAAAAUCUUUAAAAAAUUAUUUACGAAUGAAUUUGGCAGGCGAAUUAAUUUUACGGGUAAAGGAAACAAGACAUCGAUGAAAAACCUAAAACUAUUGGAAGUCGUAAAAGAAACCGUGCGAAACGUCUUUACGGUUGAGUCCGUUCCCGAUCCCAAAAAUCCCAGCGGCCGUAUUCCCACCGAUGAUAUAAUUCAAACUGCAGCAAUGAAUUGGUUUCGUUCUUCAAAAAGUAGGUGCAACGACGACGCUCCCUCGGGAAUUGCAUCAUAAUCAUGGAUCGAGAUGGAAAAUCACCGAGAAACAUUAGGCGAAUAAUUGCAAAACGGGUUAGAGAGAAUCUCACUCGUGCAAAAAACAUACCUGCUAUUAGUAAUAAUCUUGUAAAUUUAGAUAUAUGUGAUUCUGUCGUUGAGGAUAGCGAUUCAGGUAGUAAUAUUAGCAAUAAUGAUAGAAGCAGUAAUGUUAUCCAUAAUAGUGACGAGCCAUUAGUUUCCGAUUCACUAAGCGACAAUGGUGUAGUAGAAAAUGAUAGGAAUAUUUUAGAUUUAACACGGGACUUGAGGGACUGGUCGCUUCGACAUAACAUAACGGGAGUAGCUUUAAACGAUCUUCUACGCAUAUUUAACUUUUAUCAAGAAUUUAGAUUUCUUCCAUUGGAUAGUAGGACAUUGCUUAAAAACUCAAUUAAAUACUCUAUGAAAACUAUCGGUCAGGGUCAAUAUGCACACUUUGAUGUUAUUCAAAAUAUAAAACGGCAAAUAGAUUCCAAUUGUAUUCUUGCUUCUGGUAGCGAAAUUAAAUUAAACCUUAUAUUUAGUUUUGAUGGAUUGCCCAUUUCUAAGAGUAACAGUAACCAGUUUUGGCCAAUUCAAGCAAAGUGUGAAGAAAGUACGUACGGCGUAUUUGUCGUGGGUUUAUUUUAUGGCAAGACAAAACCAGAAAGUAUUGACGAAUACUUGAUGGAUUUGAUAGCAGAGUUAAAAAGUUUGCGAGUUGGGAUUAGUUACAAUAAUUUGAAAAUAUUUUGUAAGGUUUCAUUAAUAAAAGCUGAUGCGCCAGCCAGGAGUUUUUUAAAGCAAUGUAAAAGUCAUAAUGCAUACAAUGGAUGCGAGAAAUGUAUAGAUCCAGGUUUCUGGAAGGGACGUGUAAUUUUCAGAACAUUCGAUAGUCCACUUAGGACAGAUCAAGAUUUUUAUGUUCAAAAAGAUAAACACCACCAUGUAGGCAUUUCCCCGUUUACGGAGCUUAAAAUUUUGAUGAUUUCUUCGGUUCCUCUUGACUACAUGCACCUCAUUUGCUUAGGUGUGGUUAGAAAACUAUUAAGAAGUUGGGUAAAAGGUCCAUUGCCAUUUAAAUUAUCUUCUCGUGAUAUUUCAACUUUAUCAAGUAAAUUAGUAUUAUUUUCGCAUAGUUGCCCUAAAGAAUUUUGUCGUAAGCCGAGGUCAGUAAAAGAGUUAGAUAUAUGGAAAGCGACAGAGUUUAGAACUUUUCUUCUUUAUACAGGACCCGUCGCUUUAAAAGGAUUAUUGUCGCCGAAAAAGUAUACACAUUUUUUAAAUCUUUGCGUAGCAGUCACGAUUCUUAUAACUACCAAGGCGCAAGCAAAUAAUUGGAACGAUUAUGCACGAUAGCUUUUAUUGAAGUUUGUUAAAAAUGUUCCCAAUUUAUAUGAAGAAGAGUUCUUAUCAUAUAAUAUGCAUUCUCUUAUACAUAUUAGUGAUGACGCUUUAAAGCAUGGCCCGUUAGAUUCUUUUAGUGCUUUCGAUUUCGAAAAUAAUAUGCAAGUAAUAAAGCGCUCGCUACGAGCUCACUAUAUACCUUUUGAGCAAACUGUGAAUCGCACUGCUGAGAGAGAAAAUCAUAAGUACCAGUCCCCUGUGAAUUUAAAUAGACACUGUAUUAUAAAAUCGAACGGAAAAGAUCAUUGUUUUAUAUUAAA